CAACAUGACUGUGCCUUCUGGGUCUUGAAGCACGCAAGCAUUUUCUACCUUGAGGUCCCAGACAGAACACCCCCAGAGCUUGCUGCAUUGGGCCCAGAGGCUCAACCCAGACCCAACCAGGCAAGAGACAGCUCUUGCCUGUCUCUUCCCUAGGGCUCCCCAUCCAGUAGAACGCAGCAUGCCCAUUGCCAAACACCCACGGGCCGUCGAACCUCUGUGGUUUGAAUGGGACCGGAAGGCGCAGAAGUCUGGGCUGAGACACCAGGUCUAUGCUGUCAACGGUGACUGCUACGUGGGAGAAUGGCUGGACAACCUGAAACAUGGGAAAGGCAUCCAAACCUGGAAAAAGACCGGAGCCAUCUACCAGGGUGACUGGAAAGAUGGCAAGCGCAAUGGCUAUGGGGUCUACAGUCUUCCGGACCCCGUGACUGGAAAAUACAAGAAGAUGUACUCGGGCUGGUGGAAGAAUGACCAGAAAUGUGGCUACGGGAUCCAAUUCUUCCACGGCCAGGAGUAUUACGAAGGGGAGUGGGAAGCGGGGCAACGCAGCGGCUGGGGCCGGAUGUACUACAGCAACGGGGAUAUUUACGAGGGCGAGUGGCUGCUGGACCGGCAGGAUGGGCAGGGCAUGCUGCGUUUGGCCAACGAGAACCGCUACGAGGGCUCCUGGCGGGGUGGCAAGAAGAAUGGGCCCGGUUGCUUCUUCCACCUGGACAAGGGGCAGCUCUUCAAGGGAUUCUGGGUGGACGACGUGGCCAAGUUUGGGACCAUGAUAGACUUCGGCCGGGAAGAGGCACCCAAGCCCACCCAGUACCCUAUCCCUAAGAUUGAGCUGCUGGACUCAGACAAGGUGCUGGAAGAGGCCAUGGCCGGGUUUGAGGAAGAGGACUGAAGAGCACAGCAUGGGCUCCACGCCCAGGCAGUGGCAGCGGGGAGGACAGAAGCCCAUCCAGCUUGGGAGCAGUUCCUCUCUCCAGGCCAGGAGACCUGUAAAAUACAUUAACUCCAGCUCAGUCUGCUGUUGAUGAGUUCCCUUCCAUGGAGACACAAGUCCUGAAGCGUCACUCUGAGCUGUUGGAUUGGGAGGUCGGGAAAGGCUCCCCUGGAGAUACCAAGCAUGUGCACAUCAAGUCCCCUUUAGCUACUAACCUAUUUUGAUUAAGGAGCCUUGCCCAGCUUUGUGGUCCCGAGCAAAAUAGUUAUUUCCCUUUCCAAUUCAUCCGUCAAUCAAUCUAGGCCUCAGACCAGCAGCCAGAGGUAUCUUUGAACAUAUUUCUGGGGCCACCGAAGCUGUCUCUCCCCCUUGCUGUCCCACCCUACCCCAAGUCAACAGAGAAGAAACGGCCUCCCACCCAUUCCUCCCAG